AUGUCCCUCCAAGCAGAGAGGGCCGCGGAGGGUACAGCUCUCGGCGGCGUCCUGGGCCAGGGCCAGGCUUCCCUCUCUCCUUCCCAGUUCCUGAGGCGGCAGCAGGUCCUGCAGCUGUACAGGAGGAUCCUGCGGGCCAUUCGCCACGUCCCCGCUGAGGCCGAUCGCCGCUAUCUGCAGGAGUGGGCCAGGGAGGAAUUCAGGAGGAAUAAAGACGCUACGGAAGAGGAUGCAAUCAGGAUGAUGAUUACUCAGGGCAACAUGCAGCUUCAGGAGCUUCAAAGAACACUUAAGCUGGCAAAAUCCUGA